AUGUUUGAUGGCAAGCAAAUCUUCGACACAUACGACGACGGACCCGAUCGCAUCGAAGUGUACCACUUUGAACCAGCCGGCGAGUACUUGUGCGCGCGCGACGCGACGCGCCUGACGCACGUGGAGCGUGCCGCGCGGCGCGUGGCGCGGCCGGCGCGCGCGCUGCUGGCCGAGUGCGUGUUAGUGGCAGUACGCAGCGCUGUGACGGGUGUCGUCCAGACGGUGUCGGAUCAGCUGCUGAAGCCUGGCUUGGCGCUGGCCUUCAACGCGCUGCUGCAGCCGCCGCUGGUGCUGGCGGCGCAGAUGGCAGCCGCGCUGCGCGCCGCGCUGCGGCCCGUCGCGCUGGCGGCGGGCGACGCGCUGGAGCCGCUGGCGCGCCUGCUGGCGGCGCUGCGCCUUGUCCACGUCGAGCGCCGCUGCACAUGUGCGCAACACGUGUGACAAGCUCCAACCUCGAUUCAUUUAUCUUUGCGUUGUUAGAUUUUAAGAACUGUACAAUAAAGCCUCGAUAGACCA